UUCAGUUGAUAUACGAUUGUUAUUUUGAGUGGACCUAAACCAGUUGUUGUGAAUUAUUUUUGUAAACUAUUUAUUAUUAUUACUACUACUACUACUAUAGUAAAUGCUCACUGUUAGGGUAGGCUGCCCCCGCCCUAAACCAAACCAACUGAAAUUAAAUCCACCCCCAGCCCCCGCUGAGUUAGAAUCGGUGAAUUGGGAUGUUUUGCAAGGCAGGUUCACUAAGAACAAUCUCUGUAAGUGUCAAGUAUAUAUAAUACCCCAAAAAAGAAACUUUCGGUAGCGCUUUAUACAAAUUAAAACAAUUGUGGACCAAACGUCUAGGAGGUCUGAAAGAAUGUACGUAAAAUACGUACUGUAAGGAUUAAGUAUACUGUUCGUCAUGGCGGUUUUGAACAUCCUUGUUGCUUGUGUCGCUGUUCUGUAUAUAAUUGAUGGCCAUUUUGUUAAGGAUUGGAAUUAUAGUUUUCGUGAGCAAAAGUCACUGGCAAUGGAUCUUCUGCACCAAAAUGCCUCUGGAGACAAGUUUGGUGCAAGUGGCUUUGGUGUAUACCGCAGGAUUAAGCGCUCAGCGCUGAUGGCUUCCUCCAAAUCUGUGUACUCUUUUGAAGUAAGAGAGGAUACAGCCCCAGGAGCAGUGGUGGGGAGGAUUGAAACGGGUCAGCCUCUGGCGUACCCCGUGCUGGUCGAUGAUGACGGGGGUGGCCUGUUUCUGCUGAAUCCAGUCUCUGGCGAGUUUACGUUGGCCCGUGCCUUGGACUAUGAGUCCGAACAGCACUACAUCCUCACAGUGGGAUCGCGCAGCCGUGCUGCUCAGGCAGCCAGGCUCAGGGUGUAUUUCAAUAUUAUCGACGUCAAUGAUAACCCACCCAUAUUCAGUUCGGACAGCUACUCAGCUGCCGUGGCAGAGGAUGCCUCUGCGGGCGCCUGCUUCCUCAUCCUCAAUGCCACAGAUGCAGAUAGCGGCAUGAAUGCAGAACUGAACUGGACAGUGGCCGCAGGAAAUGAACAUGGCAGAUUUGCAGUGAGUCACAGUGGUGCUCUUUGUCUGGAGAAAGAGCUCGACAGGGAGACAGUGUCUUUAUAUAUUCUGACAAUCCAGGUGAGUGACUGUGGCCAGCCUUUGAGCUCACGUCUUACCGGCACAGCACGUGUUACUAUACUUGUCAAGGAUGUGAAUGACAAUGCCCCGUCCUUCAAGUCCACUAGCAUGAUUCAUAUCCCGGAAGACACUCCACUCCAGACAGAAAUCAUGGUCGUUCAAGCGGUGGAUCUGGACUCUGGAUUAAACGGUCAUGUCUUAUACGAGCUGGAAAAUUGGUCUGGAAGUAGAUUCAGAAUUAACUCCACAACUGGCGCAGUUUAUCUGGAAGAACCUCUGGAUAGAGAGUUAGUUAAUGUUUAUAAGGUUCGUCUAACAGCACGAGAUCAAGGAUUUCCCCAGUUGUCCACUUCAAUGAACCUAACAGUUCUUGUUGAGGAUGUGAAUGACAAUGACCCAGCGUUUUCCAGGAGCUUCUACAAUGUCACAGUAAGUGAAGAUCUACCAAGAGGGACCAGUCUACUCCAGGUCCAUGCUUAUGACGCUGAUGCAGAUCCCAAUGGACUUCUACAGUAUUAUCUAUCCCAGGACUCGCCAUUCCUGUUGGACGCAGUGUGUGGGGUUUUGUCUCUGAAGGACAAGCUAGACCGUGAGAGGCUCCCUACACACAUACUUACUGUUUUUGCUGUAGACCAGGGAGUUGCUAAGAGAUCUGCUACAGCCAUUGUCCAGAUUACCGUCACUGACAUCAAUGACUGUGUUCCUCUCAUAUCUCCACCAUCGGUGACACUCCAUGUAUUGGAGAAUGAGGACUUCCCUCAGAUUAUUCAUCAGGUAUCAGCUUAUGAUGAAGAUGUGGGUUUGAACACCCUGCUGUUGUUUUUCAUUGACAUGGGUAAUGAAGAUGACCUCUUCUCACUCUCUCUCAAUGGCACACUUCAAACGCUUCAAAGUCUGGAUAGAGAGCAGAGAAGCCAGUACACAUUACAUAUAAUCGCUGUUGACUCAGGCAUUCCACCUUUAACAGGAACUGGUACCAUACAGAUUAUAGUGGAUGACAUCAAUGAUAACCCACCCAUAUUUGUCGAAAACUUCAUUACUGCUGUUGUGAGCGAAGACAUUCCUACAGGAAGUACAUUCUCAAGGAUACAUGCCUCUGACAUUGAUGAUGGUAUCAAUGGUGAAAUAAGGUACUUUGUAGAAAACGAGAAUGUUCCUUUCACCAUUGAUGACUUGGGACAUAUGAUCACCACAGCUGCCUUAGACAGAGAGGCCGUGAAUAGCUACAGGCUGACUGUGGUAGGCAGGGACAUGCAUCCUACCCAUCCCUUAAACAGUUCAGUCACGGUGUCUGUGAAAGUGAGCGAUGUCAAUGAUCAAUGGCCCAGGUUUCUCAAUGGUCCAUAUGUAGCUAAUAUUCCCACCACACUGGACAGAGGUUCAAUCGUUUGUGCUGUAAGUGCAAAAGAUGAGGAUACUGGAGUAAAUGCACAGCUCACCUUCUCCUUAUUUGGCCGACAUGCAGAUUGGUUCUCCAUCGAUCCAUUUACGGGGAUAGUUUUUACUUCUGAUGAAGUUAAGGUAGAAGAUGACAUCACAGUUGGUGUAAGAGUUGAAGAUGGGGGUAACGAUCCAAAGUCUGACAGCACAACUGUUACGAUCCGGUUCCAGAAUGUGUUGGAAUUUCCUCUUUUGACAGUGGGUGCCUUUGAAUACUGGGUAUCGGAAGAUGAUCCACUGGACACUCUUAUCACUAUAGUUACAGCGGAAACAACCAGAAAAGGCCCAAUCUCAUACUAUCUUGCCUCUGGAAACUUUGAGUUGAUGUUCCGGCUAGACCAAGAAACGGGGGAGCUGACAAUAGGAGCCCCUUUGGAUUAUGAGUCUUAUACGGAAUUCCAACUUUGUAUUGAAGCUAGAGAUGCAGGCUUUCCUCCUUUUUCCACUUAUGCUGAGGUUUUCAUACAUGUCAGAGAUGUGAAUGACAACUCUCCAGUUUUUACCAAGAGUGUGUACACGUGUGAAGUGUUUGAGAAUCUACCAGCAAGCGUGGUCUGUGAAGUCCUGGCUAUCGAUGCAGAUUUAGGACUUUACGGGGAGGUGCAAUACAGCAUUGUUGUCGGGAACAUGGAUGGAGAUUUCACGAUUGAUGCAAACACUGGCAUUAUACAAACAUUAAGGAGCUUAGACAGGGAAAAAAAUUUGGGUUAUAAAUUAAUCAUUCAAGCUGUAGACAAGGAAAAUACUCUGAACACAGGCACUGCAAUAGUAUAUGUAACCGUUCUGGAUAAAAAUGAUCACGCUCCGCGGUUUUUACAGAUCUUUCAUACUGAGGUUUCUGAAGAUGCCCCAAUCGGAUCCACUGUCAUUCAAAUAACCUCCACAGAUGAGGACAUUGGUGAAAAUGCUGUUAUUUCCUAUACAAUUGCCAACAACCAGUCAUCAAGUGUGUGGUUUCCUUUUGCUAUUGAGAAAACCAGUGGGAGCUUAGUAAUCGUGCAGACUUUAGACAGAGAGAUUCAGAGUCGCUACAUAAUUAAAGUUAUUGCUAACGAUUCAGCUUGGAGCGUUGGUACAGAUGUCACUGUAGAUAUUUCAGACAUCAAUGACAAUGGUCCUGUAUUUUCACAGUCCCAAUAUGUUGUUACUAUCACGGAAUCCAAAAACCAAGGGGUAUUUGUAAUGCAGGUCAAAGCCUCAGAUGCUGACAGCGGAGAAAAUGGGCAAAUUCUGUACUAUAUUGAUCCUCCAGAUGACUUAUUUGGUGUAAAUGCAUCUACCGGAGACAUUGAAACCAAGCAGCCAGUCUUGUUAAACAAACUAGAAUCUCAGAGCCUUAGCUUUAUAGUGGUGGCACUAGACUGUGGUGAAGAUCCAUAUCGAAGCAACACAACUGUCAUUGUGACCAUUGUGCCUUACAACUACUUUGCACCAAAUUUUCUGCCUUUUAGUUCUGUGCUACAUAUCCCUUAUAAUUUGGAUGUGGGAACUAUGGUAAUUCAACUGUCAGCUGUGGAUGAGGAUUAUCAGUCCAGGGCCACAGCUGUAGAAUAUACAGCUAUUGGUGGAAAUGCAUCUGUUUUCUUUGAAGUGGAUAUUUAUAGUGGACAGGUACGUCUGAAGGAUUUUCUGAGGCAAAGCCUGGAUACCAUGUUAACCCUCAUUGUUAUGGUAAAAGACAAAGGUAUACCCCCUCUUUCAUCUGAAACGAAUGUUAAUUUUGUCAUUACCAAUAAGAACCACUUUUCUCCACGUUUUUCUGAACCUUUGGUCUUGUUUUGGGCCCCAGAGGAUGUGCCUGUAGGCUUCGUUAUUGGGAGGGUCCAUGCUGAAGACAAAGAUGAUGGAAUAAAUGGGCUUCUGUCUUAUGCUUUUAAAAGUGGGAAUGACAAUGAGUUGUUUUUCAUUGGAAAAACUUCUGGUCUGAUUACACUUAUUAAAGGGUUGGACUAUGAAGUAAAAGACGUUCAUCUCCUUUGUGUCAUUGCCAAGGAUGGAGGCUGGAUAUCAAAAACAGGAGAACUUAAUGUUACAGUCAUUGUCGAGGACAUGAACGACAACCCUCCAGUUUUCUCUACUACGGAAUACAGAGUACUGGUGCCAGAAAAUGCACCGCUAGGGACAACAGUCACACAGGUAAAAGCUAGCGAUAGGGAUUCUGGAGCAAAUGCAGAAAUAACCUACUCACUGUUGACAGGAGAUCAAGAUUUGUUUGUUGUGGAUUCCAAAAACGGGACCAUUACCACUCGUGAUAUGUUUGAUUUUGAAGUGCAUCAAGCUUUCGAGCUGUCAGUGAAGGCCUCCAAUACUAGAACUUUAGCCCAUUUCAGUGUGGUGCAUGUCUAUAUCCAAAUCACAGGGCUUAAUGAAUUUGUUCCAAAAUUUAGAAAAAGCCAGUAUAACAUUACUGUUUCUGAAAGUAUGCCUGCUGGUACCCGACUUGGCAAAGUGUCAGCCACAGACUACGAUCUGGGCCCUGAUGGAGAAGUAUUUUAUUUGCUAAUUGGCCCAAGCAAAAGGGCUAUGUUCAAUAUUGACAAACAUAGUGGAGAAAUAUUUAUUGCAGGUGAUUUAAGGAAACACAGUCAUACUCCAGUGGUUUUACAAAUUUUGGCAAAGAACAGGGGUAGUAUUAAUGGGACUGACAUUGACGAAACCCUUGUCUGGGUCAAUGUUUUAGAUGCAAAUGAUCCUCCUAAAUUUUACUUUGAGCAGUACAUUGCAGAAAUUAGUGAAGACUGUGCUCUAGGGGCCUUAGUCACCCAAGUACAAGCAGAAGACCAAGAUUCUAAAAUAGAGUGGCGCCAUUUUUUUUACAGGAUUGAGCGUGGGAAUACAAACAAAUCCUUCACUAUUCAUCCUGUCACUGGAGACAUCACUUCAAAUGCGUUCUUGGACAGGGAGAGGUGGCCUGUUUACAACCUGACUGUUACGGCUAUUGACAGUGCAUCCCCACCCGCCACAGGAAGCACACAUGUUGUUGUGAUGUUGCAGGAUGUUAAUGACAAUGCCCCAAUAUUGUUUUCCAAUGAAGUUUCUGUGCUAGAGAAUCAGCCAUAUGGAACUGUUGUUACAAUUUUAAAUGCCUCUGAUGCUGAUAUUCCCCCAAACCAAGGGCCGUUUACAUACCAACUUGUGAAACCUGUCUUUGGAAGUGGUUUCUCACUGACACUUGAUGGAAUAUUGUCCACCACACAGCCAAUGGAUUGUGAACGUAACCCAAAAUACUCACUCCUUGUGGUGGUCCAAGAUGCUGGUGAUCCCCCUUUAUCAUCUACAGCUACAGUUCAGAUCAGGGUCUUAGAUGAGAAUGACAACCCUUCUGCUCCAAGGAACAUAUACAUUGAGGUCAAGUAUUAUGGCAAGUCUUUCCCGGGAGGACUCAUUGGUAAUGUCCAACCAAACGACCCAGAUGAGAUGGAUGUGUUCAACUGCAGCAUCAAAACUGGACCUACACACAUGUUUAACUUUCCUUUGGGUAACUGUGACUUGUGGUCAUCUCCAUAUGAAGGAGAGGCCACCUAUAAUAUUAGUGUUGAAGCGAAUGACUACAUUCACCCCUCAGUUAAUAGCAGCAUCUAUGUGAAUUAUAAAGGAUUCAUUGAUGCUUCAGUGAACAACUGUGUGUUGUUUUAUGUUUCUUCUCCAUCCUUCAAUGAGUUCUUGUCUUUUGAGUAUCUGAAAUUUAUAAAAGCUUUAGAUGGUGUCUUUAACCUCCAGGCUUCUAAAAGCCAUGUGUUUGCGGUUAAGGAUUUAGGAGAAUCCGUUCUUCUUUUAGCUGCAUUUAAAAGCUACAAUGGACAGUAUCUCAGUGGGGAAGUGGCAAGUAACCUCUCUGCUGCUCAGAAGAAAGUACUGGAAGCUCGGAGCCAUGUGAAAAUUUCUCACAUUACCAGCAACCCUUGCCUCACUAGUCCCUGUCAAAAUGGGGCCACCUGUAGCAGAAGUAUUUAUAUCAGCCAGGACUUUGCAGUUUUGGAGAGCCCAACAGUCAUACUGGUUUCCCCAAGGCAGAUGGAAAUAUUUAACUGCUCCUGUUUGACUGGUUUUACUGGCACAAGGUGUGAAACAGACAUUGAUGAGUGCAACAAAGAUCUGUGUAGACAUGGGGCCACCUGCAUCAAUUACCCCGGUGGUUUUUCCUGCCAGUGCAUGAGGGGUUUUACAGGCAAGCACUGCUCCAGUGAUAUUGAUGAAUGCCAGAGCGUCCCCUGCCACAAUGGGGGAACCUGCUUAAACAUAGCAGGGACAUUUCUCUGCUCCUGCCAGUUUGGAUUUGAAGGGGACCUCUGUGAGCAUGUUGUCGACCAUUGCAUGUCAUCCCCUUGCCUCCAGGGACGUUGCAUUAAUGUUCCCAUAGGAUACACUUGUGACUGUCCAUUUGGUACAGGUGGAGAACACUGUGAGGAACAGAGCUAUGGCUUUGAGGAGCUGUCAUACAUGGAAUUCCCUGCUCUGGAUCCCAAAAAUAAUGUGAUCUUCUUUGAGCUGGCUACUGUGCAGGAAAAUUCUCUGCUUUUGCACAACCAUGGUAACAAUUCAAGCUCUGAAUUUUUGGCUCUGGAGAUCAUUGGUGGGGAAGUUCAGCUUUCCUACAACCUCGGUGAUGGAGUGGUGAGGUUGAAAACACAGAAGAAGUUGACGGAUGGGCUGUUUCACAGCAUCACUGCCAGGAGGACAGGAAAGUCUGCCUCUAUUCAAGUGGACAGCUGUCCUGAUGAUACGCCCAUUGGAUACUGCUUUUCCCAAACUGAGGGAGUUGGCAGUAAAAGAUAUGGUACUGUCACGUUUUGCCGCGAUCGCUGGAGAGCGGGUGAUCACUCGGGCAAGAAGACGGGCAGAAAAGCAAGCAGGCAGCCAGGAUCGGGAAAAAAUGAGGGUUUAAUUGGGGAAACUAGGUGCGGAAAACAUCAGACGCUGACUAACAUCAAUGACAGACAAGGGAAACAGGCAAGAUCAGGACUUAAAUACAACAGGACUAAGCAACGUAAUCAGACAGGGCUGAAGACAAUCAGGGAAGCACACGUGAGGAGCCGACGAGCAGGUCAUGACAGGACCCUUGAUGUUGGUUCAAUUAACAUGACAUUUGGUGGGAUCAAGUCCAUCGAGGCCAUUUUGUUGCAUCCUGCUCAAAUCAGGACUCAUGACUUUGUUGGAUGUGUGAGGAGUGCCAAGGUGAAUGGCAAGCUGUUGGACUCCUCAGAAGCCCUGACAUCUUACAAUGUGUUGGAGGGCUGCCCUCGUGCUACAACUGCCCCCUGUCACGGUGGUGUCUGCUUAAAUGGGGGGGUGUGUCUGGACCACUGGAGCCACCAUUACUGCCAAUGUCGUGAACUCUUCACUGGGGUCAGCUGUGCCACAGCACUGACAGAGAACAAUGCAGUGAGACUCAAUGGGCAGUCCUACAUCGAGUAUAUUAUUAAGGAGAGCUACAAGAGAGAGCAGCAUCUUACAGACCUGAAGAAGGGAGGAGAUACAAAUGCUGCAGUAGCAGUCCACAUGUCUCGGAUGGAGGUCAAAUUCAUAACUACUGAGCAUGAAGGAAUCUUAUUCUCCUACUGGGGAGGACGAGGUGGUGUAAUACUUGGGAUAAAGGAAGGGAAACUUGUCUACCGCUCGAGUGGCAAUGUGUCCAGCCACCUGACAGAGGCCUUUGUGAAGGCUGAGCUGCACCAGGCUCGUUGGCAUGUUCUUCACCUUGUCAAAGAUGGGCCCACCUCCAUACUGUAUGUGGACAGUGUGCCUGUCAUGAACACCACUGGCCCCAUUCAUGAUGUGGACAGGAUCAUGCUAGGCGGAGGCAUUCAGCCACACACAGAAAAUGAACUAGCUGGAUUCUCAGGAUGUGUUGAGUAUUUCAAGUUCAACGGGCAUGUUCUGCCAUUUGACGGGUUCAGUGAGAUGGUGCAUUUCCGGGCCAGUCCAACGCUGUCCCACACAGGAUGCUUAUUUCAGGAUGCAUGUAGUGGUCCAAAUUGCUGGGAAGAGAAUUCUUCCAUUGCAUCUUGCGCAUCUAAGGCAUGCCAAAAUGGAGGCACCUGCAACAAUACUGACCUGGGCAACACGUCAUGCAUCUGCCUGCCUAACUUCGAAGGGAAACACUGUGAAUUGUGCUCAUCUUCAAAACACAACCCCCCUCUUUGCGCUGAGGCUCACCAUGGUACGCCACUGUGGAUUAUUGGGGCCAUUCUCCCAGCAUCCCUUGUUCUUCUCAGCUCAGCACUACUUGUUCUCCUCAGACGGCUUGGAUCAAAGUCUCAUACUCAAAGUAUGAUAUCUGAGAAGACUUGUAGGUACGCUGAAUGGGGUGGGCAGGGCAUGGACAACAAGGCCUUUCAUGGUGAGAGUGGUAAUGUACUCCAGCAGACCAAAUGCAUCAAAGCAGGAAGUCAUCCUGACAUCAUCAGGGAUGAGUUGCAGGAUAACCAGACAUUAGACCAUGUUGCCCAGAGUGGCAGGGAAACCAGACCUGUCCCGUUGCAGGCAGACCCCAGAAACAGUGAAAUUGAGUACUAUGAAGUAGAUAGCUUUUGUAGCAUUUUUCAGUCUGAAACAUACACUGAGAUAGUGGAACCAGUCCGCAAGAAUAGAGAGUGGCCCUUGCAAACAACUGUGCAGCAAGAGUUUGUAGACAGGCAGAGGCAAGAAAACUUAUCUCAGAGGCAUUCAGUUGGACCAGAUUCUUCAAAGUCUAACUGGGGAGGAGAGCGACCCCACCAGGGAGAUGUAAUCUGCAACUGCAUUGGAAGAGGCCACUUACAUCAAUCAGAUUACAAACUCAAAUCGAGUAAAAAUUCCUUGAGGAAAAUCCAGACCCCUACCGUAGAGGUACUCCCCAUGGGGCUCUCCGUGGAUGAGCUGAGAAGGCUGACUGCAAAACUGGACAAACAACUAACUGCUGGUGUAGGGCAUCCAGAAUGUUCUCAGCCUAGGCCAGAGGACAGCUCCUCUGAAAGUGUUUCCCACAGUGGCUUCACUUGCUCGGUGCAUGAGAGUGAGAGGGAGCUGCCCUUCAUCCGCCUGGGAGAACAGGAACGUAUCAGUGAAAGCACCUACUCUCCUCUAAACGGUGGGGCUCCACUUGCAGAGGUCAAGGGGGAUGUGGAUGAUCGCUCUAAUGAAACUGUGCAACACUGGGAACGCCUGCUGAAUCUUGGUCUGCACUUUGACACCUAUGCCCACGUAUUUGAGGACAUUGCAGCACUGACAAUGGACCAUAAAAAUGACUCUGAUGUGCAAAGCGAUGGGGAAGAAAUCAUAUAAUGGAGACUAAGGAUAUUUCCUGUUCACCCGAGCAUUGCAUAGAACUGACAUUAGUAAAAUAUAUUUGGACAAAAGAAUAUUAUCUAUGCAAGCCUCAAAGUGUGAUCAAUAUAUCUUUUGUCUAAAUUCUUUUCCCAAGCACAGCCCACUGUAUGCUUUUGCAGUACUAUUUUUUUGUUCCUCAAUGAGUCAUAAAAUGCAGCUACAUCCUUUUUCACGUCAUUCUUCUCUUCUCUGACAAGGUUUCUAAAGCAGUGUUCGUAAUUAAAAUUAUCAUGCGGACUGUGUGUGUGUUGUGAUGUGUAUAUAAACUCCUUCUAUUCAAUGUUAA